UAAACAAUGGAUGUCGCUGGACUGUGGUUCUUAAUUAAACACGAAAUGGAACGAAACUGACCACAGUCUCUCUCUCUCUUUCUUCUCCCAUCGGCGAUCUCUUCAAUCGAAUAGCUUUCUUUGCAUUUCUCAAAUGGAGCUCAGCCGUUGUGCUACCUUUGCCUGGAGUAAAUCUGUUUCUCCCUCAUUUGACUUCUCCCAACCUCUUUCAUUUUGUCAAGUUAGGAGUUUCAGAGUGUGGUGCAUUGGCAAUGGCGCUAGUUCUCCUCAAAAGGAAGCAAUGACUGUAUCAAUAACUGGAGCUACAGGUUUCAUAGGUAAACGACUGGUUCAAAGGCUGCAAGCAGACAACCACAAUGUCAACGUGUUGACGCGUUCUAGAUCUAAAGCUCAAUCAAUUUUUCCCGUGAAAGAUUUUCCUCAAAUCAUUAUUGCCGAGGAGGCAAACUGGAAGGACUGCAUUCAAGGUUCAAAUGCUGUUGUAAAUUUGGCUGGAACUCCCAUCAGUACAAGAUGGUCUCCUGAGAUCAAGAAAGAUAUCAAAGACAGCAGAACAAGAGUAACCUCAAAGGUAGUAGACAUCAUGAAUAACUUACAAGAUGAUGUUCGUCCUAGUGUUUUGGUCAGUGCAACUGCAGUCGGGUAUUAUGGUGCAAGUGAAACCAAAGUAUUUGAUGAGAAAAGUCCUUCAGGGAAUGACUACUUGGCAGAAGUUUGUAGAGAAUGGGAAGCAUCAGCCCUCAGAGUUAAUAAGGAUGUCAGGUUGGCUCUUAUUCGCAUUGGUGUGGUCCUCGGCAAAGAUGGCGGAGCUCUAGCUAAAAUGAUCCCUCUCUUUGUGAUGUUUGCUGGUGGACCAUUAGGAUCUGGUAGACAAUGGUUUUCCUGGAUACAUUUAGAUGAUAUAGUGGAUUUAAUAUACGAGGCUCUAUCCAAUCCAUCCUACAAAGGGGUUAUCAAUGGAACUUCACCUAAUCCUGUUCGAUUAGGAGAAAUGUGUGAACAACUGGGAACAGCCCUGGGAAGGCCUUCGUGGCUACCAGUACCAGAAAUAGCACUCAAAACUGUUCUAGGAGAAGGCGCGACUGUGGUUCUGGAAGGACAGAAAGUGAUUCCGGCAAGGGCCAAGGAGCUGGGGUUCACUUUCCGGUAUCCACGUGUAAAAGAUGCACUAAGAGCCAUCAUAUCUGAGUAACAAACUGAAUUGAAUCUGGUCUACAUUCUUUAUUCUUUCUGUUGGCUAUGUAUCAAAAAUCUUAAACACUUAAUAAAAUGCUUCCAAAUUUUGGACCCAGAAAAAUGUAAUACAACUGGUAAGUAUAGCAAGCCUA